GGAAACUGUUUACAAAUGGCGGAUUAAAUGAGAAGUUCACAAAAUGUAGAAAAGUUUUCAAUAGAAAUACGCGACUUUUUCGCUAUUAGUGAAGGGUCUCAUUAGUAAUAUUUUUCAGGAUAGAUAUUUUGGACGACAGAAGGCCAAAAAGAGUCACUAGCAGAAUGUCAUCCACCUUCGAUAUUGCUGGUACAACCAGCCGAGCCUCUCAGCUGCAGACCCAGGUCAGCAAAGAAGACCUGCUGAAAACUCUGGGAAACCAGCUGAAUAUGGACUUUUCCCAGUAUGAAAGAUGGACGCGGAAAACCAAAGUUACAAGACCACCACCUCCUCCCAAAGAUGGGGGAAGUAGAAUGCUGAUGGUUGGCAGAGUGAAGUCUGCCGAUUCUUGUCUUCAUGGCAAAGGCCAAGGCCAUAACGUAACCUACAGAGAGAAGAAAGAGGCUGCCAAGAUGUUAGAAAUUAACAAAGAAAGAAAUGAAAGGAUUAAAAUUCUCGAAUUAAGAAUAAGGACCAGGAAGAAGACUUUGGAUGAAUAUCUGAAGAGAAGCAGAGAACUCUUGGAACAAAAUAUGAAGCUAAAAGAAAGUAUUGAAAGUGAUGAAUAUGGGACAUUGAAUGCUGUCAAAGGAUUGCUAAGAAGAUAUGAGAAAUACAGGGGUGGUAUAACAACCUUAAACUCCAAUUUUGUGAAAGAAUAUGAUGCGGCAGUGAGAGACCUCGAGGAAACAAGACACAGAACAAAUUCACAACUUCAAGCUUUGGAAAAGAAAGUUUCUGAUCUAGAUGAUUCAUUAAAAGAAAAACAAGAAGAGUUGCAUACACUCAUGAGCUACAAAGACAAGGAGUAUCCUGUCAAAGCAAUGAGGAUAGCAACACUGCAGAAAGAAAUACAAAACCUUAAAAUAGCAAACCAGGAAGACCAAGAGGACCUAGAACACAUUGUAUUCACAGAACUAGAGAAGUAUGAGAAAGAGCAAACAAGAACGGCUAACAGUAUCACCAAAAGCAUUACAGAGAGAGCCAUUUCAAGAAUGCAUCCAAGUCUGAAGGAUAUGGCUCUUCAGAACUUAGUAAUGGCCAAGGAAAUAGAAGUUCAUAAAAAGGAACAGGAAGGACUGAUCAGAGUCAACCAAGCUCUUGAAGCAGAAGUUAAAAAACUACUGCGGGAUCCAAAAACCAACACACGUCUACAGAUGUUUCCAGAAUUCUUUCCCAGUAGACAAAAAUGCACACCGGACAUGGAAGUUGUUUUGGACAUUCCGACUCAAGAGUGGUUACCUAUAUAAACAUUUCCAAAAGACAGGUGCUACUAUUAUAUUGAGCAUUUCUUGGUCAAUUCCUCUCAACACGAACAGAGUUUGAUACUGUUUACAGAUGGAAUAUGGAUAUUUGUCACUGUGGCAUGCUAAUUUGAUGUGAGAGAAUUGAACUUGUAUUAUACAAUGUAUACAUGUACUCUUUGUAAAUUGUAUUCAAAUGCUUGUUCCUCGUUUAAAUUCUUUAUUAUAUAUGAAUUAGAUUUUGUUGAAGAUAUUUGGUUUGUAAAAAUCAAUAAUAAAAUCAAUAUGUUUUACAAGACAA